GCUUCAGAGACACACGCUUCGCGUAUGCUCGCGAGAGCCAGUUCGUAGCCAGAUUCGGCCGGCAGCAGCAGCGACGGGUACCGACUGCGCGCAAGCGUAACUCGGAAUUUACAACAUGGCGGAUCGCAAGAAAAGCAGGAAGCGCAAAAAUGAAAUAGCCAGUUUAGACUCUAAGGUCGCUCAGGACAAACCGUCCAAGGAAGAAUACGCGGUGGCCAAAUGGAUACGCAACAAUGUACCGUCGAAGAAGACCAAAUUCGACAGAACUCAUAAUGUCGAGUACUUCACUGGGUCGCGGGCCAUCGAUGCCUUACUGGAAAAUUCACCCUGGAGCUCUGUGUUCGAGAGUCGCGAACAGGUCUCCCAGUUCUUGGAUCAGAUGUUGAGGCACAAGUUCUUUCACAGGGCAAAGAAAGUGGUGAUAUCGGAGGAGGAGCUCAAUAAAAUGCGGGGUAUCAAGAAAAAGAUCAAAGAUGCCAAGGAUGAAAAGAAAGAGGAUAAGGAGGAAAAGAAAGAGAAGGAGGAUGUCAAGGAGAACAAAGACACAGCUGUGGUGAAGGACGAGAAAGAUGAUGAGAAAGUUGAUGAACAAAAGAAAUCGAAGAAAAAGCCAAAAGUGAGAUUGGAGAUGCACAUGGAACAGUACUUUGUAGAUUGUAACGAUGCAUACGUGUGGAUAUACGAGCCAAUCCCUGUCUAUUAUUGGUUCUUCGGCACGCUUGUAGUUUUAGGAGCGAUAGCAGUCUGCCUCUUCCCGCUGUGGCCGUUGACCAUUCGUCACGGAGUAUAUUACCUAAGUGUCGCCGCCGCAGUAUUCCUCCUAUUUAUAUUAGCGUUGGCAAUUAUCAGAAUGAUCGUAUUCUGCCUGCUGUGGGUGCCUACGUUAGGUAGAUGCCACCUGUGGUUGUUACCGAACUUAACGGCUGAUGUUGGCUUCUUCGCAUCUUUCUGGCCGUUAUAUCAGUACGAAUACUACGGCUCCACAUCCAGCAACGAUAAGAAAGUUAGUAAAAAGAGAAGAAAGAAAGACAAAGAUUCCGAUUCAGAGGACGCGUUGAUUCAGUCGGAAGAGAAAUCCGACGAAGCGCAGUUCGACGAGUCACCUAAGGAAGAGUUGCAGGUGGAGGACCCAUUGCCCAGCACGGAAAGGAAGGAUUCGUGCGACUCCGCCGAAGUCGAGGAAGCCAGCGAAGAAGGUUCGGAGAGCGAGAAAUCAAACACGGGUCGGGACUUUGUUAUGGUUUAAAGCCAAGAAAAUGCCAGGUGAUAGACAGCUUCUCGUUUGCUGAAAAAAAACAGCUCUUAAUUGUCGCAUCAAUAAUCGCUGAAACCGAUAUAUGCUUACGUUCGAACAUCAAUGUGCAAUUCUGAACUUAUCGGGGACAUUUCGGUGAGCGGAAGCGGCGUACGAUAAGCAUGUUAACGAAUCACAUCGUCCUAGCGUGUUAAAUCAUUGUUCGACGUGCGAAUUCAACUCAUCAACUGCUGGAUAUUUAUUUGUUAUUCUUUCAUUUUGAAACUAAUCAAUCGAAUAUUGUAAAAAUAAUAUUUAUCAGGGUCCAGCAAGUAUGAGGACCGUAGCAGUUGAUGAAUUGGAUAAACUCUAUCACAGUGGAUUCUUCAGAUUUAUUGCGUUUGAAAAGAAAAAAGAGAUGACCGAGCUAAUACACGGGACGGAAAGACAUAGAUUGUAAUAUGUAAUAUCAAGAAAAUUCAGUUUGUUGGAUACUACAUAUUUCUAUGCUCUACAGUUGUUUUAGCUUAUACAUAUCUUUUUUCUUUUUGUUGAUUUGCAAAAUCUCCGAGCCUUCGUAAUAUUUUUAACGACUGUUUAAGUACUGCAUUUAAGUACAGUUACGAGCGAAUGGAAAAAAAUCAAGAAAAUAAUCGUUUAUAUGAUUCUUCGCGCAAGAGACAAUUUCUUGCGGCUGACACGUGUUGUAAAGUACUGUCUGUAGAAAUAUGAGUAUGACCAGGCGUGUUUUAUUCUAUAUAUGUCUAAUACGAGGGGAAUCAUGUUACUCUUUAGAUGCAUAAUUAAGUGUUCUCGAUGGGCACAUUAGUUUUCGUUGAAUAAAUUGAAUACUUGUUCGAAGUCUUCAAUCUCUCGACGAACUCGAUAUAUCUACAGACGACGGAAAAGCAAAUUGUAAUUACGUGGGAUCGUGUUCUCCCUCAUUAUAUGUGAAUCUACGUCCCUCGGCGGAAAUCGUUUAGCUGGAAGAGUGAAAUCUUUACGGGUACAAACUUGGACGAAAUCUCCGUUGUUCGCCCUGUCUAGCGCGAGUUCCUUUUUAGCAGAAAUAAGUAAGUCCAACCUUAUAAAGAAGUUUAUUCCGAUAUUUAAUAUGACAAGAUAUAAUUUAUAUUCUUACGUGUAAUUUUUCCGAGUAAUAUUUAGCGUUAUUUUUAUUCUAAUUUAACGACAUAAUGAACAUUUUUCGUAUUGAUGUGGAUACGCCACUCGUGAUUUUACCUGUAUUUCGAAAUAGAGAAUAAUAAAAUAAAGCGUUAUCUAUA